AUGUACGACGACUACGAAUGCGAAACAUGCUACCGAACCUUUGGUUCGCAGCACGCAGCCUCUCAACACAUGAACGCUCUUGAUCAUUGGGCUCCACGAUACAGUUGUGAGACUUGCCCCAAGCAAUUCUUCUCCGAGAGUGCUGCUCAAAAACACAUGACUGCCACUGGUCAUUUUGAGAACUAUUGCAAGGAUUGCAAGAGGAAGUUCAUCAAUGAAAAUAAUUUGAGAAUGCAUUUAAACUCGAAAAUCCACCGCGGAUCCCAGAUACCCUGUCCCUUCUGCAAAGUCAACUAUACUAGUGCAAGUGGGUUAACUCAUCACCUCGAACGUGGAGCUUGUCAGAAUGCUCCUUUUCUCAACCGUGAGAAGAUCUUGCAAAUCGUCCGUCGUCAGGAUCCGAACGGCAUCAUCACCAAAAAGCAGAUUGAGUGGUACAAAGAACAAACCACUGUGUAUGAGGUGACCAGUCAGGCAUACAAUGGCUCCGCUUGGGAGUGCUAUCUAUGCCAUCGAGAAUUCAAUGCUCGACAACAUUUGACUCAGCAUCUGAAUUCGCCAGUCCACAAACAACAGGUUUAUCAUUGCCCAAACUUCAAAUGUCCGAAGGAGUUCGUCACAUUGGCCGCACUGUUCAAUCAUCUGGAAAGUGAAACUUGCGCCUACAUGAAGUUCCAGAGCGUUCAGAAACAUGUUCAUGACAUUGUCACAGGACGGAAGAUGAUCGGCUUCUAG